CGACAGUGACCAGGAUGCGGUUCCUCGGUCUUUCACUAUUGGCUGUAGCUGCCCAGGCAGCAGCCUCGUCUCUGACUCUGAAAUCGCCAAAACUUGUCGUUGCAGACAAUAUUGGCACUCAGCUACGCGCCGAACCAUUUUCAGUUGGAAAGAAGAUUGAGAAACCGGUCAAACUCGAGGGGCGGGAUAUCCUCAAAUUGACGUUCCAAGUCGUGGAUGAGGCAGGAAAAGGUGUUCAACCUCACCAGACUUUUAUUCGUUUCUUCGAUGAAACGACGGGUGAGGAGGGCAUCCAACCCGUUAAAGUGCAGCCCAGUGGAAAAGCCAAGUUCGAAGUGAACCUCCAAAAGCCUCCUCUGUACCUCCCACCAACUGGAGACGCGCCUCUCCAGGUUUCUUUGAUUAUUGGCUCACCGGACUACGACCCAAUCUCCACCCAGCUUUUCGACCUCCAACUCCCGCGUUCGCAACCACCUCCCGUUCACCCAGACGAAGUCACCUUCCAUCCCCGCCCUGAACUAUUCCACACUUUCCGACCAGAGCAGAAACUUCCUCCCAAGUUUGUCUCUUUGGUGUUUGCUGGAAUUGCACUGGCACCGUGGGCUGUUCUCAUGGGCCUGUGGUCGCAAGUCGCACCCGCCCCUUCACGGCUUCUCUCCCCCACCAUCCUUCCCUUCGUUCUCAGCCUUGGCGCUCUUGAGGUCUUGCUCUUCUGGUACUGGGUGAAGCUCAAGCUCGGUCAAGUCCUUCUCUACGGCGCUAUCCUGGCUAUCCCUACCCUCCUCACCGGAAAGCAAGCCCUCUCCAACAUAAGCGGCCAGAGAACAGGGUCAAAGUGAUGCUGAGGCGAUUCAUUCCUUACAUGAAAACGAAUGUCAGCUCGCACCCCAUUCCUUGUACUUUAUUUAUGCUUGCAAGGGAAUACAUAAUCG